CACCCGUAAUCGCGGACUGUGAUUUAUGCAUCUGGUUAUAAAUCAGUUAUAUGUAUAUGCAAACGCAGUGAAAUGGGAGAUCAGCCCAACGCAGUACCGUAAAGAAGGAGAAACAAUAAAAUACAAAGAUGGCAGACGAAGAAUUAGAGCUGAGUGAAGAGGAAAGCGAAGAUUCCACGGAUGUUCCUGUCAGCGAUGGUCAACCCAGUUCCUUGGGUAUCGUGCAAUUUGGAUUCCACGCCAAAACCGGGUUUAACGCCAAUAUAGAUUUGGUCCAGACUCGAAGUGACCAUCUCAAGCCUAAACUACAGCCGUUACACCUGGACCCUUGGCGCCGGCCGCCACCGGAUUUCCGGCCGCAGCUAUUUGGUCCGAACCCACCAAAGCGGAAUGCCCAGGAAUCGAUGCAGCCGUGGAAGUACGGAACCAUUCCCGGUCAAAGGCAGAGCUACUCAAGGCCAAAGAGGCAAAGCUUGGUUCUUCAAGGCGUUCUGGAUGGAGCGAAAUCCGAAGAAGAUCCGUUCCUUACGCGCUUCCGAGCGCCGGAUUCGUACGAGGCGAAACUCAUGUUUGUCAAAGACGGCCGGUUCCCCUUGGGACGCUAUGCCACCCCCACGCCUCAUGAUUUCAGGGGGUACCCACCCAUCAAAUCUCUCGGGCUGCCAGAGUUUAUCACGGCACACGACCAUGACCCCUACAACAUCGCGUUCAAAAGUGAACGGCUUAAUAUAUAUCAUGGUCUAAAUACAGAGCCCCCAACGGAUAGACAUCUCGGCCGCCAGAUGGCUCCAGUAUUACCGCCGCAGCCAUAUUGGGAGAGCAGACUCAUUUUGCCAAACAGCCCUUGGCCCAGACGACCGGCAUCGUUCACGCGUUUCCGCCGACAAGGGAGACCACCCCACAGCGCUUUCAUGGACCGAGUUGAGGAAACUCUGACCGCAAAGUGGGCAAAGGAGAAGUUAGAGAAAAGCCUGCAGAAAUCUGACGAAAGACAGGGACAAUUUGUGUCAUGACAGGUCGGGGCUACUCGAUAAUAACCUUUACGAUCUGUCCCAAUCAUCUGACAGUAAAAUAUGUACCGGAAUAAUACAUUGCAUGCUCCAGUACCACCGGAGAUGCCUGCAGCUAUGUGAUUAUACAACUGGGGAUGAUUUUCAGCCUUU